AUGCAGUACGUCCGAAGUAUCAGCGGUUCCGUCUCCAAGACGUGGAACUCCAUCAAUCCAGCCACCUUGAGCGGGGCAAUCGAUGUGAUUGUGAUUGAACAAGAGGAUGGAACUCUGGCUUGUUCACCUUUCCACGUUCGAUUCGGCAAAUUCUCCUUGCUCCGCCCGUACGAGAAGAAGGUGGAAUUUUCCGUAAAUGGUGUAAAGCAAGACUAUGCGAUGAAGCUGGGUGAAGGUGGGGAGGCUUUCUUUGUCUUUGAGACAACAGACGAGAUCCCCGCCUCGCUGCAGACUUCGCCCCUGGUUUCUCCAAGCAGCAGUCCCAAGAUGCGCAGUGAGGAGAAUCUUCCUCCAUCGCUCCAGGAACCCGAUUACCUGGACCUCGAUCGAUCAUCUAAUGGCAAUUUGGAUGGGAAAUCUUCAACAGCCCUUCCUGUGCUGUCGCGGAGUAUGCGGGCAUCGAGCGAUUUAGUGUUGUUGACCAAGAGCCGCUCCAACAGUGUUAGCGUAGCGGACCAAGUAUACGGAAUGCAGUCCUCUGGCGCCAGCGCCGCGAGCGAUGAUAUGGGCCAGGAUGGUCGUUCGAGAAGCCCUCCGCCAUUAACUCCCGAAGAGGCGAUGUCUCGCGCCGUCUCGCUUUCGAAGAAACUCUCCGGAUCGAAUAUUCCGUCUCACGUUACCGAAACGGGAGACCUCAUGCUCGACAUGACUGGUUACAAGAGCAGCGAAGAGGAUGCUCUGCGAGCGGAAGUUCUUGCACGGAAGAUCCUUGCCGAGGAGUUGGAGGGCCCCUAUGACAUCGGGGCUCUCAUCGGGGCCGACGAACAUGGGAACCUGUGGAUCUACAGUAGCGAGGAAGCAAAGGAGGCUGCCAAUCGCCGAGCUACGUUCAAUGCGAUGCGACCGGGCUCCGCCAUGAGCGAGCAUGCCAUCUCCGACCCGGGGUACCACAGCGACAGUGACAAGUCUUUGCAGGACAAGCCGCUACCCAGCCGGCACUACCGCACCCAGUCUGAUGUCCAACCCGGCUUCCCUACCCCACCGCAGUCACCGACGCCAGAAGCCCAAGAGCCAACUCGAAACUAUGCAAAGACCCUCCGUCUCACGAGUAAUCAGCUGAAGGCCCUGAACUUGAAGCCUGGUGCGAACAGCAUGUCGUUCAGCGUCAACCGGGCUACUUGCACGGCGACGAUGUAUCUAUGGAAUGGAAAUAUUCCUAUUGUAAUCUCCGAUAUUGACGGAACCAUCACCAAGUCUGAUGCUCUUGGCCAUGUGUUAAACAUGAUUGGGCGUGACUGGACUCAUGCUGGAGUAGCCAAAUUGUAUACUGACAUUGUCAACAACGGGUAUAACAUCAUGUACCUUACAAGUCGAUCCGUUGGCCAGGCAGAUACGACGCGGGCUUACUUGUACGGAGUUAAUCAGGACGGCUGGCGACUGCCCAAGGGGCCGGUCAUCAUGAGUCCUGAUCGAACCAUGGCAGCACUCCGACGAGAAAUCUACCUGAGGAAGCCUGAGGUGUUCAAGAUGGCAUGUCUACGGGAUAUCUUGAAUUUGUUCAAUGGGAAAGAGAAUCCCUUCUACGCCGGGUUCGGCAACCGUCUCACCGAUGCGCUGAGUUACCGGUCGGUGAACAUCCCGUCCACCAGGAUCUUCACGAUCAAUUCGAAUGCCGAGGUCGUCCUGGACCUUCUUAGUCUAAACAAGUACAAGAGCAGUUACGUUUCGAUGACGGAGCUGCUGGACCAUUUCUUCCCGCCGGUGAGUCUGCUGGUCCAGGCUGGUGGCGAAGAAUACACCGACUUCACCUAUUGGAGAGAGCCUCCUCCGGAUCUGGAGGACUUUUCCUGCACAGACAGCGAAGCAGAAGAAGGUGACCAAGAGGAGGACGAAGAUGAGGAGGAGGAAGACGAGGAGUACGACGGGGAGCUGAGUGACGAGGAAGCAAGUGAUGUCGAUGAGGAUGAGGCUGGAGAAGAGCUCGGGGCGAGCUAUAUCUCGCAGGACUCGGUCGAUGGAUCUGAACUGAUGGACAGUCUCAAUCUCCAUGCUGCCGAUGAAGACAUCGAGGACGAAGAUGAGGUCGCCUCGGAAGAGGAGUUGGACCCUCCUCGUCCAAGCCAAUCCAACCCUGGCUCUCCCAAACGUUGA